ACAGAGACAUCAGUGCGACAGAAGACAUACAAGCAGAAAGACGAGUAGAAAAAAAUCGAUUUCGUGUUUGGACGUGACAAAUCUUCAAAAAGAAGAAUCAAAAAAGGAAGCAAAGUUUUUUUUUUCUUACAAACGAAAUUUACAGUAAGUGUAGUGUGUUGAUUGAGUAAAUUGGAAUGAGUAGCGAAUAAAUAUUCGUUAAAAAAAUGAAUUUUGUUUGUGAAAUUGUGUAUUAAUUUGCCACACCCAGGUUAAUAGUUGAGUCGAAAUCGGAAUAGAAGUGAAAGAAAUGUAAUUUCACUUGGUGCGUUUGUGUUGCGUAUUCUCUACAUUUUCUAAAAGAAAUUCAAACGUGAAAGUCUCAAAUGCAAAGUGUAUUAAUUUGCUACAAAAAAAAGAAUGAUUUCAUUUGAUGGACGUGAAAAAAAAUCGUUGGCAUCAAAAUUAUGUCAUUCCAAUUAGAACUUCCAGAUUGUUUGAAACAAGCGAGAAAAAAAAAAAAUAAUCCAUGGAGCCAUUGAAUUGAUGAUGAAGAGAAGAGAAAAAAAAACAUGAUGGCUACCCGCUAUAUACACAAGUAUACGUUCAUACCAUUUGUAUUCUAUUUUCGAUGUGAUGACGUAAGCCUUACGGUUGUAUGUGCGUGCUAUGCCUAUGCUUUGCGUUGCGUGCACACAAGGCCUUAGCUGUUGGUGUGUGCACGGAAUACGAGAGAUGAGAAUGUAUAAAAUGAAAACAAAUAAAAAAAGAAGAGAGCGAUGAAGAGAAAAAAAACGAACGAAAUAACUGAAUCGAAGCAUUCCAGUGCGGCAUUUCGAUUACAAAUAGCCACAACAAAGUAUAGAGAGGAAAAGAGUGUGUAAGAGAGAGCGGGAGAGAAUGAGAGGGCUAGAGCGCGAAAGAGAGAGAGACAAAAAUCGUAUGAACUCAUCAUCGCUUGAAUUACGUGCUCAGAGCGCAGCUAAACAUAGAAACAAAUUUUUUAGUUGGAUAUCCGUUUGUACGAAUAUAGUAAUAGAACUGUAUGGUUUUUUUUUCAUUCACGUGCAAUCAAAUUGAACGUUGAAAAAGAAUAGAUUCACACUCACACUCACACACACAGGCCUAUCGAUUGGAAUGAUAAUUUGUUCCUCAUUUUUGUAUGUCUCCGACAUGUUUCGUUGAUCUCACUUUUUACAUUUGAGCCGUUGUAAGUUGUAUAUUUAAAUGUUUCAAGUGCUCAAUUGACGCAUUCCAGACACAAAUUACCGAUCGACCUCUAUACCUCAAUACACGGGCAAAUUCUUGAAAGAGAAACAAAAAGAAAGAAAACGAGACGCGUCUAGAAAAUUACAACAAGGAAGGAACUUUUCACACGAAAUCGAAUCGAAUUACAAAACAGUAUUUUGCACCGACUACGACAUAUUUAAGAAUUAAGCUAUAGAAAAGUACUACCAACUAUGGAUCAAUUCGCGCCAAAAGAAGUGCGUAUCCUCGAGACUGUCGAAGACAUUCAGGAGCGACGUGAACAAGUGUUGAAUCGUUACAAUGAAUUCAAAGUGGAAACGCGUCAGAAGCGUGAAAAAUUGGAAGAUUCACGUCGUUUCCAAUAUUUCAAGCGUGAUGCUGACGAGCUGGAGAGUUGGAUUCAAGAGAAAUUGCAAGCGGCCAGCGAAGAGAGCUACCGUGAUCCAACAAAUUUGCAAGCAAAAAUCCAAAAGCAUCAAGCAUUCGAAGCUGAGGUGUCGGCACACAGCAAUGCCAUUGUCAGUCUUGACAAUACCGGACAAGAAAUGAUAAGCCAACAGCAUUUUGCAUCCGAAACGAUUCAACGACGCCUUGAAGAAUUGCACCGUUUAUGGGAGUUGUUGUUGUCACGUUUGGCUGAGAAAGGCUUGAAAUUGCAACAGGCUUUGGUUUUGGUGCAAUUUUUACGCCAUUGCGAAGAAGUGAUGUUCUGGAUUAAAGACAAAGAGGCCUUUGUGACAGCCGAUGAAUUCGGACAAGAUUUGGAACAUGUCGAAGUAUUACAACGCAAAUUCGAUGAAUUCCAAAAGGAUAUGGCAUCGCAAGAAUAUCGCGUCACUGAAGUCAAUCAAUUGGCCGAAAAGCUACUACAGGAUGGACAUCCCGAACGUGACACAAUCAACAAGAAGAAAGAUGAAUUGUUUGAGGCAUGGCAACGACUCAAACAGUUGGCCACUUUGCGUCAGGAGAAACUGUUUGGCGCUCACGAAAUUCAACGCUUCAAUCGCGAUGCCGAUGAAACCGUCGCAUGGAUCGCCGAAAAAGACGUCGUUUUGUCAUCCGACGACUAUGGCCGUGAUUUGGCCAGCGUCCAAGCAUUGCAACGCAAACACGAGGGUGUUGAACGUGAUUUGGCCGCACUCGAGGACAAAGUAUCAACAUUAGGCGCAGAAGCGAAGCGUUUGUGUGACAUUCAUGCGGAUCACAGUGACCAGAUUCGUGAGAAGCAAUCGGAAAUCGCCGCCUACUGGCAAUCACUAACCGCCAAAGCAAAAGAGCGCAAACAGAAGCUCGAUGAAUCGUAUUUCUUGCAUCGAUUUUUGGCGGAUUUCCGUGAUUUGGUGUCAUGGAUCAACGGUAUGAAGGCGGUCAUCUCGGCCGAUGAAUUGGCCAAGGAUGUGGCUGGCGCUGAAGCUUUGCUCGAACGUCACCAGGAGCAUCGUGGUGAAAUCGAUGCACGUGAGGACAGUUUCAAAAUCACCACCGAAGCCGGUCGCCAAUUGUUGGAACGUCAACACUACGCUGCCGCUGAAAUCCAAGAGAAAUUGGCCGCUUUGGAAAACGACAAGAGUUCGUUGUUGUCAUUGUGGGAGGAUCGUCGUAUCUUGUACGAGCAAUGUUUGGACUUGCAAUUGUUCUACCGUGACACAGAACAAGCCGACACAUGGAUGGCAAAGCAAGAAGCCUUUUUGGCCAACGAAGAUUUGGGCGAUUCGCUCGAUUCGGUCGAAGCAUUGAUCAAGAAACACGAAGACUUUGAGAAGAGUUUGGCCGCACAAGAGGAGAAAAUCAAGGCACUUGACAUUUUUGCCACGAAAUUGAUCGAUGGCCAGCAUUAUGCAGCCGAUGAUGUUGCUCAACGUCGUGCCAUGUUAUUGGCACGUCGAUCGGCAUUGUUGGAAAAAUCGGCAGCACGUCGUCAAUUGCUCGAAGAUUCCAGUCGAUUCCAGCAAUUUGAACGUGACUGUGACGAGACCAAGGGAUGGAUCAGUGAAAAAUUGAAGGUGGCCACCGAUGACAGCUACUUGUACCCCACCAAUUUGAAUGGCAAAGUGCAAAAGCAUCAGAAUUUCGAGCAAGAGAUCAACGCCAACAAGAGUCGCAUCGAAGACAUCACCGCCACGGGCACCGAUUUGAUUGAAAAGAAGCACUACGCAGCUAAUGAGAUCAAUGCACGCAUGCAAGAGAUCGUUACAUUGUGGGAAACGCUCGUCCAAGCCUCCGACAAAAAAGGAUGCAAAUUGCAAGAGGCCUCCCAACAGCAGCAAUUCAAUCGCACCAUCGAAGACAUUGAAUUGUGGUUGAGCGAAAUUGAGGGUCAACUCUUGUCCGAAGAUUAUGGCAAAGAUUUGACCAGCGUACAAAAUUUGCAAAAGAAACAAGCAUUGCUCGAAGCCGAUGUGAUGGCCCAUCAAGAUCGUGUCGAAAGUAUCAAAGUCACGGCCAACAAAUUCAUCGAAAGCGGACACUUUGACUCCGACAACAUUCGCAACAAAGAGGAAACGUUGACCAAACGUUAUACCGCCCUCGCUGCACCAAUUUCCGAGCGCAAGAAGCGUUUGACUGAUUCGUUGCAAGUGCAGCAGUUGUUCCGUGAUUUGGAGGAUGAAGCGGCUUGGAUUCGUGAAAAGGAACCGAUUGCCGGUUCGACAAAUCGUGGCCGUGAUUUGAUCGGUGUGCAGAAUCUCAUCAAGAAACAUCAAGCCGUUCUGGCCGAAAUCAAUAAUCAUGAAGGCCGUUUAGCCGGCGUCGUUGCAUCCGGCGAACAAAUGCUCGAAGAGCAACCAUACUCAAGCGAUGAGAUUCGUUUGCGUCUCGAUUUAUUGAAAGAACAAUGGGCAUCGUUGAAAGAAAAGGCCAAUCAACGUAAACAAGAUUUGGAAGAUUCAUUGCAAGCCCAUCAAUACUUUGCCGAUGCAAACGAAGCCGAAUCAUGGAUGCGUGAAAAGGAGCCGAUUGUAUCGAGCCAAGACUAUGGCAAAGACGAAGAUUCAUCGGAAGCAUUGCUGAAGAAGCACGAAGCAUUGGUAUCCGAUUUAGAAGCAUUCGGCAAUACGAUUCAAUCGUUGCAAGAGCAAGCGAAAAAUUGUCGCCAACAAGAAACCCCCGUUGUGGAUAUCACUGGAAAAGAAUGUGUUCAAGCCCUUUACGAUUAUACGGAAAAAUCGCCACGCGAAGUAUCAAUUAAGAAAAAUGACAUUUUAACACUGUUAAACUCGAACAACAAGGAUUGGUGGAAGGUUGAGGUGAACGAUCGCCAAGGAUUCGUGCCAGCCGCGUACAUCAAGAAAAUCGAUGCCGGACUCAGUGCCAGCCAGCAAAAUUUGGUCGACGGUCAUUCGAUUGCUAAGCGUCAAUCGCAAAUCAAUGCACAAUACGAUAAUCUAUUGGCACUGGCCCGUGAACGUCAGAAUAAGUUGAAUGAAACGACCAAAGCAUAUGUGUUGGUGCGUGAAGCUGCCGAUUUAACCUCUUGGAUUAAGGACAAAGAGAAUCAUGCGCACAUCGGUGAUGUUGGCGACGAUUUGGAAGAGGUUGAGGUGUUGCAAAAGAAGUUCGACGAUUUCAAUGACGAUUUGAAAGCGAACGAAGUGCGUUUGGCCAGCAUGAAUGAGAUUGCCAUUCAAUUGACAUCGUUGGGUCAAACAGAAGCGGCCAUGAAAAUUCAAACGCAAAUGCAAGAUUUGAACGAGAAAUGGGCAUCGUUGCAACAAAUUACCGUUGAACGCGCCAAUCAAUUGGGUUCGGCCCAUGAAGUGCAGCGUUUCCAUCGUGACAUUGACGAAACCAAGGAUUGGAUCAGCGAGAAAGAGGACGCACUCAACAAUGAUGAUUUGGGCCGUGAUUUGCGUAGCGUGCAAACAUUGCAACGUAAACACGAAGGUGUUGAACGUGAUUUGGCCGCAUUGCGUGACAAAAUCCGUCAGCUCGACGAAACCGCCAACCGUUUGAUGCAAUCGCAUCCAGACACCGCCGAACAAACGUACACUAAGCAAAAGGAAAUCAACGAAAUGUGGAAUCAAAUCAUCACCAAGGCCACAUCACGCAAGGAACGUCUUUUGGACUCAUAUGACUUGCAACGCUUCUUGAGCGAUUUCCGUGAUUUAAUGGCAUGGAUCAGCUCAAUGAUGGGACUCGUCACAUCCGAAGAACUCGCCAACGAUGUCACUGGCGCUGAAGCCUUGAUUGAACGUCAUCAGAAUCAUCGUGCUGAAAUCGAUUACUUUUACGGCAUUCCUCAGGUGUACUUGGAACAUCGCACCGAGAUCGAUGCCCGUGCCGGAACAUUUGCCGCAUUCGAGCUCUUCGGUACCGAAUUGUUGCAGGCCAAUCACUAUGCAGCGCCAGAAAUCCAGGAUAAAAUCGAAGAGUUGGCAAAAUCGCGUGAAGAAUUGGAGAAUGCAUGGACGGAACGUCGAUUGCAAUUGGAUCAAAAUCUCGAUUUGCAAUUGUAUUUGCGUGAUUGUGAGCAGGCCGAAAAUUGGAUGUCAGCCCGUGAAGCAUUUUUAAAUGCCGAAGAGGUUGAUUCAAAAGGCGACAACGUCGAAGCACUCAUCAAAAAGCAUGAAGAUUUUGACAAAGCUAUCAAUGGUCAUGAAGAAAAAAUUGCCGCAUUGCAAGUACUUGCUGAUCAAUUGAUUGCACAAAAUCAUUAUGCGGCCAAUUUGAUUGAUGACAAACGUAAACAAGUGUUGGAACGUUGGCGUCAUUUGAAAGAUGGUCUGAUUGAGAAGCGUUCACGAUUGGGCGACGAACAAACGUUGCAACAAUUCAGUCGUGACGCAGACGAAAUCGAGAAUUGGAUUGCGGAGAAAUUGCAAUUGGCCACCGAAGAGAGUUACAAAGAUCCGGCUAACAUUCAAUCAAAACACCAGAAGCAUCAGGCAUUCGAAGCCGAAUUGGCCGCCAAUGCGGAUCGUAUUCAAAGUGUAUUGGCCAUGGGCGGUAAUUUGAUUGAUAAACGUCAAUGUAGCGGCAGUGAAGAUGCGGUACAGAAGCGUUUAUCACAAAUUGCCGAUCAAUGGGAGUACUUGACGCACAAAACGACGGAGAAAUCGUUGAAAUUGAAAGAGGCUAAUAAGCAACGCACUUACAUUGCGGCCGUUAAGGAUUUGGACUUUUGGUUGGGUGAAGUUGAGAGUUUGUUGACAUCAGAGGAUGCAGGCAAAGAUUUGGCAUCGGUACAAAAUCUCAUGAAGAAACAUCAACUCGUUGAGGCUGACAUUCAAGCCCAUGCCGAUCGCAUUAAGGACAUGAACAACCAAGCCGAUUCAUUGGUUGAAUCCGGCCAAUUCGAUAGUGCUGGCAUUCAAGAGAAGCGUCAAUCGAUCAACGAACGCUACGAACGUAUUUGCAAUUUGGCCGCACACCGUCAGGCUCGUUUGAACGAAGCCCUUACUCUGCAUCAAUUCUUCCGCGAUAUUGCCGACGAAGAGAGCUGGAUCAAGGAAAAGAAAUUGUUGGUGGGCAGCGACGAUUAUGGCCGUGAUUUGACUGGUGUUCAAAAUUUGAAGAAGAAACACAAACGUUUGGAGGCUGAACUUGGCUCACACGAGCCAGCCAUUCAGGCUGUUCAAGAAGCUGGCGAAAAAUUGAUGGAUGUCAGCAAUUUGGGUGUACCAGAGAUUGAACAACGUUUGAAAGCAUUGAACCAAGCAUGGGCUGAAUUGAAGAAUUUGGCCGCUACACGCGGACAAAAACUUGACGAAUCGUUGACGUAUCAACAAUUUUUGGCACAAGUUGAAGAGGAAGAAGCAUGGAUCACCGAGAAACAACAAUUGCUUUCGGUUCAAGAUUAUGGCGAUUCAAUGGCAGCCGUACAAGGAUUGCUCAAGAAGCAUGAUGCAUUCGAAACUGAUUUUGCCGCUCAUCGUGAUCGCUGUUCGUUGAUUUGCGAUCAAGGCUCUCAAUUGGUGGCCAACAAGAACCAUCACCAAGAUAGCAUCUCGCAACGUUGCAAUCAAUUGCAAAAUAAAUUGGAUCUUUUGUCAUCGUUGGCCUCACGUCGCAAGGGCGCUUUGUUGGACAACUCCGCCUAUUUGCAAUUCAUGUGGAAGGCCGAUGUAGUCGAAAGCUGGAUUGCCGACAAGGAGAGCUAUGUACGAUCGGAAGAGUUCGGUCGCGAUUUGUCCACCGUUCAAACGCUACUCACCAAGCAAGAGACAUUCGAUGCAGGUCUUAACGCAUUUGAACAAGAGGGCAUCCACAACAUUUCCGCAUUGAAAGAUCAACUGAUCAAUGCAAAUCACGCUCAAUCGCCGGCCAUCUUGAAGCGUCAUGAGGAUGUGAUUGAACGUUGGCAAAAGUUGCGUAAUGCAUCGACCGAACGCAAGAACCGGUUGAUUUCCAUGCAAGAUCAAUUCCGUCAAAUCGAAGAAUUAUAUUUGACUUUCGCAAAGAAAGCAUCUGCAUUCAAUUCAUGGUUUGAAAAUGCCGAAGAAGAUUUGACCGAUCCAGUUCGGUGCAAUUCGAUCGAAGAAAUUCGUGCAUUGCGUGAAGCGCACGCUCAAUUCCAGGCCUCUUUGUCAUCAGCCGAGGCUGAUUUCAAAGCAUUGGCUGCACUUGAUCAAAAAAUCAAGAGUUUCAACGUUGGACCAAAUCCAUACACAUGGUUCACAAUGGAGGCGCUCGAAGACACAUGGCGUAAUUUGCAGAAGAUUAUCGAAGAGCGUGACGUUGAACUGAACAAAGAGGCGCAUCGUCAAGAUGAAAAUGACAAGCUUCGUAAAGAAUUCGCUAAGCACGCCAAUUUGUUCCAUCAAUGGUUGACCGAAACAAGAUUUUACAUUCUGGGCUGGAAUGUCGAAGGAACAUCAAUGAUGGAGGGAUCCGGAUCGUUGGAGCAACAAUUGGAGGCGCUUCGUUUGAAGGCAGCUGAAGUACGUGCUCGUCGCGGUGACUUGAAAAAGAUUGAAGAGUUGGGCGCAUUAUUGGAAGAGCAUUUAAUUUUGGAUAAUCGUUAUACCGAACACUCAACGGUUGGCCUCGCCCAACAAUGGGAUCAAUUGGAUCAACUGUCAAUGCGUAUGCAACACAAUCUCGAACAACAAAUUCAAGCCCGUAACCAUUCAGGCGUGUCGGAAGAUUCGCUCAAAGAAUUCUCAAUGAUGUUCAAGCACUUUGACAAAGACAAGAGUGGCAAACUCAAUCAUCAAGAAUUCAAAUCCUGUCUACGAGCCCUCGGCUACGAUUUACCAAUGGUGGAAGAAGGACAACCUGACCCCGAAUUCGAAGCCAUCCUCAGUGUCGUCGAUCCGAAUCGUGAUGGUUAUGUAUCGCUCCAAGAAUAUAUCGCCUUCAUGAUAUCGAAAGAAACGGAAAAUGUGCAAAGCUACGAGGAAAUCGAAAAUGCAUUCAGAGCCAUCACUGCCUCCGAUCGUCCAUAUGUCACAAGGGACGAAUUGUAUUGCAACCUCACCCGGGACAUGGCCGAUUACUGUACCAACCGUAUGAAACCAUAUAUCGAUCCCAAAACCGGCCAGCCCAUCAACGGUGCCCUGGACUAUAUCGAUUUUACACGCACGCUAUUUCAAAAUUAAGCAGUUUUAGAUUUCAAUACUAUAUACACAAAAACACACAUACAAAACAUUAUUAUUGUAAUGGGUUAGAUUUAUAUUUAGUGUUUGUUUGAGCUUUCCGUUUUUUUGUUGUGUCUUUCAAUGAGAACAAUUUAGAAAAUGAUGAAAAAUGAUGAGGAAAAAAAAUUCAAAUAAAAAUCCGGUAAAUUUUCCAAUAUUUUUAUUAUGAUAUGGCACAUGCUUACACUAAAUUGCGUAUGUAUGCACGCUUUUUCAAGACACUCUAAAAUGAAAAAAAAACAGCAAGUGCAAAAAAUUCGCCAGCUCCUCUCGCAUAAAUUGAACUUGCUUAUUAUGAUAAUAAUAAUAAAAUAUAUUCAUUUAUUCGAAAAAUAAAAA